AUGCCAACCCGUUCCCAUGAACCUGCACAGAGGCCAGGUUUGUUUGGCCGUCAAAGACCACUUCACGCACUCCUUGGCGAAGGAAAGCUUGCCGAUAUAUUGCUAUGGAAAGACAAGAUGUUAUCGGGAGGAAUUGUAGCUGGUUUCUCCAUCGUUUGGUUUCUCUUCGAAGUGGUUGAAUAUAAUUUUGUUACUCUACUCUGUCACAUUCUCAUGGCCCUCAUGCUCAUCCUCUUUGUUUGGUAUAAUGCAGCAGGACUAAUCACUUGGAGACUUCCUGAUAUAUAUGAUUUUGAGAUCCCGGAAUCCACCUUUAGAUACUUCUAUAACAAGCUCAACUUUUUGUUGAGGAGAUUUUAUGACAUUUCAACUGGGAAAGACCUUACACACUUCUUUGUGACAAUCGCCGGUCUCUGGGUCAUGUCAACUAUUGGGAAUUUUUUCUCCGCUUUAAAUCUUCUAUAUAUCAUGUUUCUCUGCCUGGUGACUCUUCCCAUUAUGUAUGAGCGGUAUGAAUCUGAGGUGGAUUAUCUAGCAAGCAAAGGAAACCAAGACGUGAAGAGAUUGUUCAAGACAUUGGAUUCUAAAGUUCUUAACAAGAUUCCAAGGGGACCGGUGAAAGAAAGGAAGUACAAAUGA